AUGGGCCAGAAAAACGAGGGCGUCACAAUAUCCGGCACCGAAGUGUUUCAGCACAAGAGCAAGGAAUCAUGCUGGAUAGCUGUGCGAGGAAAAGUGUACGACGUGACUGAUUUCUUGGAUGAACACCCUGGCGGUGCUCGCGUGAUUCUGAACUGUGCUGGUCGCGACGCAACAGACGACUAUGACGCUAUUCACCCAGCAGAGCUGAUCGAGGAGACACUGUCGCCGGAGGCCUUCAAAGGCACAGUCGACCCAUCCGCAUUGGACCAGCCAAGUUCACAAAAAGCAAACACUUCAGAGCAGAAACCUUCUGCUGCGACGUCCGACGAUGGCCCUCCCCCGUUGAGCACCUUAAUCAAUCUCCGCGACUUUGAACAAGUCGCCGAAAAACACCUACCGGCCAACGCAUGGGCCUAUUACUUUGCAGGCGCAGAUGACGAGUACUCCAAGGCAGAGGCUGAGCUAGCAUAUCGCAAGGUGCUACUACGGCCGCGGAUUCUACGCAAUGUCGGGAGUAUCGACACCCACACCAAGAUUCUGGGAUGCGACGUUUCGCUGCCCGUCUACAUGUCUGCCGUUGGGAUUGCCAAGUUUGCUGAUCCGCAAGGCGAAUGCACCCUUGCAGCUGCAGCUGGUCAUGAAGGGCUGGCACAGUUGGUGGCAACGCGGUCGAGUAUGUCGCUUCACCAGAUCAUGCAAGCCCGUACGGGGGGUGAACAACAGCCGAUUUUCUUCCAGUUAUACAUGCACAAGGAUCAGAAAAUUUCAGAGGCGACAAUACUAAAGGCCAUCAAGACUGGGGUGAAAGGGAUCUGGUUGACGGUGGAUUCCCCGGUGACGGGGAAGAGAGAGCGAGAUGAACGGCUGAAAGCACAGGUUGAUGUUGGCGAACAAAAUCAACAACUCGGCAAAGACCAAGCAGUGCAAGGAAUCGCCAAAACCCUAUCUAGCACCGUCUCGCCCUACCUCGACUGGAACACGAUCGCCUGGAUCCGAAAGCUUACCUCGCUGCCUCUCGUCAUCAAGGGGAUCCAAUCUGUCGAAGACGCCGUCCUAGCAUACAAACACAAGGUGGACGGAAUCGUGCUGUCCAACCACGGGGGCCGGUCACAAGACACAGCGCAGGCGCCGUUGCUCACCCUCCUGGAAAUUAACAAGUACGCCCCAGAAAUCAUCAAAAGCAAGAAAAUGCAGAUUUUCAUCGACGGCGGUAUUCGGCGCGGCACAGAUGUGAUCAAGGCCCUUGCGCUUGGUGCGACGGCGGUUGGCCUGGGGCGCCCAUUCCUAUAUAGCAUGUGUGCUGGUUACGGUGAGGCAGGAACAAGACACAUGAUCGAAAUCCUACGCGAGGAGAUCGAGGUGAACAUGGCGUUGAUCGGGGCGACCAAGGUCUCGGAGCUAGAAAGGGGCAUGCUCAACACGGCGAGGCUGGAGAGGGAUUUGACUGCAUUUGCGAAGCUGUGA